AUGUUACAAAUACUGUUUGUAGGAAGUUGGGGUAUGGUAGUAGGUGGCAGCUGGAGAAGCCAAGGGGAACCAGAGGUGGAACUCAAAGGGCCAGGGAUGAGGGAGUGGUGUUGGUUUAUAUUUGUUUACAUAAGUACUGAUAGGAGUGAGAGAGUUAGUCAGUGGGAUUUCCUGGAGAGAACUAAGGCAAAUUGGGGUAGAUGUUGGGUUAUAGCUGGGGAUUGGAAUGACAUUAUAAGCAAUGAUGAGAAAAGAGGAGGGGUGAGGAGGCUGGAGGCUAGCUUUAGAGGUUUUAAAACUUUUAUUCAGAAUAUGGGGAUGCAGGAGUGUGAUCAAAAGGGAUCUUUCUUCACUUGGGGCAACAAUAGAGAGGGGGAUGGGUAUGUAGAAGAGAGACUGGACAAAGUUUUCACAUCUUAUGACUGGUUGGUAGAGUUUCCUAAGAUGAAAGUGAUAAAUUUCUACAGAACUGCAUCAGAUCACAAUGUAUUACUGUUUGCCACUGAGAUGGAAGCUGGUAGAGGCAAGAAAAGGUUCUCCUUUGAUAAAUCUUGGGCUAUGAUGGAAGGGGUUCAAGAGGCUAUUAAAGCUGGUUGGCAGGUUGAUGUAGAGGGUUCUUAUAUGUACCAAGUCCAUCAGAAGAUUAAACAUACCAGAAUGGCUUUGCUUGCCUGGCAUAAAUCGGUCCAUAGAAAUAGUGAGAAAGCAGUCAAAGUUCUUACAGAGAAGCUGGAGGAUCUGAGAAGAACUGGCUAUGAGAGGGAUUGGGAUGAAUGGGGGAGAAGAGAACUACUGGAGGCUAAAAUCGAGGGCCCUGUGGCUUAA